AGCUUAGUUUGGAGAAGUUCUAGCACCUGCAAUUCCUACAGGUUUUAGAGAAAUCAUCUCCGUCGUUCGAAGCAUAAUCGAGUCGGAACUGUGUUAUUAGCGGGGGGACGAGCCAGACGGAAAACUAGUUUUCGCGUCAAAUUUUGUUCAUCGACAGAUGGCUAACUCCUUGCAGCGAAUCUGGAACCGCGGGUGUGCUCUCCGCGGUACUAUGGCUCCUCUUUGCAGGUCAUUCUCCGCCGACUCUUUGGUUGAAGUUAAGCCCGGCGAGAUCGGUAUGGUCUCUGGAAUUCCCGAGGAACACCUUACCAGAAGGGUUGUAAUCUACUCUCCGGCUAGAACUGCAUCCCAGCAAGGAUCUGGCAAGGUUGGCAAGUGGAAAAUCAACUUUAUGUCAACACAAAAGUGGGAAAACCCAUUGAUGGGAUGGACUUCUACUGGAGACCCCUACGCCAACGUAGGGGACUCUGCGCUAUCUUUUGACAGUGAAGAAGCUGCGAAGGCAUUUGCUGAGAAACAUGGAUGGGAAUAUGUGGUUAAGAAGCGCCACACACCACUUUUGAAGGCGAAGGCAUAUGCUGACAAUUUCAAAUGGAAGGGCCAUCCUGAACCCAAGGAGGCGUAAACUUGUUCACCAUACUUUUUCUCAUCUCAUUCAAGGCAGGACAGACUGGAGGGUUUGUGUAGUCCAUUUCGUUGCUUACCUCUGAGGAAGUUGGUUAUAAUAAGUGGAACCAUGGUGUGUACUCACUUGACCUUGCAACUUUUGUUAUCUCUUUAUGUUCCUGAUACAGAACAUUGAAUGAAAGCUCAUAUGCAUUUUGAGCAGUAUCUCGAGUAAAAAACGAGCAUAGGAGUUGUUAAGUCAUAUUUUGUGCAAUGAAGAUAAUGGCUUCAGUACUCCAA